AUGCACACACUGUUGAGUACGGGUGCACUGCUCACGCCUGGAACGGCAAGGUGGCUGGCUGAAGCGUUCGGCCCGACGUUGACGGCAGCAGAGAGGCAGAUGUUGGAGAAGUUCGUCAAGUUCCACGAGGUAGAGAAAAUGGUGGACGGAUCAAGUGGCAAGGGAGAUGCGAAGCUCUAG